AACAAAUCUAGUAUACUAUACCAGCUAGCUGGUAUAGGUCCCUACGUUGCAACUCCAUUCAUUCCCAAUUGAACUUCCUUCAAGAAUGACUUCAUUUCUACACAAGAAUAGCAUUUUCAUUGCCAUAGCAAAAAUUGGCAUCCUAUCAGUGAUCACAUUCGUUGCCAACUGCAGCACACCCGAAGAUCCCAUACAAUGCAGAUCAGCUGGAGCAGUCAAAAACUCAUAUUGCACCAUCACCAAUUCAUAUGGUGCGUUUCCCGACAGAAGUAUAUGUCGAGCAGCCCAAGUAGUUUACCCUUCUUCAGAAGCUGAGCUCAUAUCAGCCGUAGCAAAUGCAACCCUGGCCAAGAGAAAAAUCAAAGUUGCAACACGCUACUCCCACAGCAUUCCCAAACUGGUUUGUCCUGACGGGGACGAUGGACUGCUAAUAAGCACCAAAUACCUCAAUCGCACGUUAAACAUCAAUCCUUCAGCCAUGACUAUAACUGUGGAGAGUGGUGUGACCCUGAGGCAGCUGAUCAACGACGCGGCUAAAACAAAGCUGGCGCUGCCCUAUUCUCCAUACUGGUGGGGCUUGACCGUGGGGGGGAUGCUGGGCACGGGUGCACACGGCAGCUCAUUAUGGGGUUUGGGAAGUCAAGUUCAUGAUUAUGUGAUCCAGCUCAGAAUCAUAUCUCCAGCCACAGCUGAAGAGGGUUAUGCAAAGGUUCGCACGCUGGAAACUGGAAAUCCGGAGCUGGAUGCAGCGAAAGUCUCUCUAGGGGUUCUUGGAGUUAUUUCACAGGUGACUCUGAAAUUACAACCAAUGUUCAAACGUUCCAUCACGUAUAUAACAAAGAACGACUCAGAUUUUGGAGAUGAAGCUGCUAGUUUUGGCCGGCUGCAUGAAUUUGCAGACUUUAUGUGGUACCCAAGUCAAAAACUUGUUGUUUACCGGAUUGAUGAUAGGGUCUCAAGCAACGCAUCAGGAAAUGGUCUCAAUGAUUUUCCAGGAUUUCGUUCAACUCCCUCAAUUGUUCUAGCAACUUUAAGAACUUCCGAGGAGACACAAGAAUCCCUUGGUGACUUAGAUGGGAAAUGCAUAAACGGAAAAUUGACGACAUCUACCUUGAGAACUAUGGGUUACGGACUAAAAAAUGAUGGUAUCUUGUUCACGGGGUACCCAGUAAUUGGAUUUCAGAACCGGAUUCAAGCAUCAGGAACAUGCCUUGACAGCUUGGAGGACGCAAGGAUUACAGCAUGCCCAUGGGAUUCUCGUGUUAGGGGCCUAUUCUUUUACCAAACCACAUUUAGCAUUGGGUUGUCCAAAGUGAAGAAGUUCAUCCAAGACAUUCAAAAGCUUGCAGCUUUGGAGCCCAAGUCAAUGUGUGGAUUGGAUUUAUACAAUGGGAUAUUGAUGAGGUACGUGACGGCUUCGAGUGCAUACUUGGGUAAACAAGAAGAUGCGCUUGACUUCGACAUCACUUACUAUAGAAGCAAGGACCCUUUAGCCCCGAGGCUUUAUGAGGACAUCUUGGAGGAAAUUGAACAGAUUGCAGUUUUCAAGUAUAAUGCUUUGCCACACUGGGGAAAGAAUAGGAAUGUGGCUUUUCAAGGGGCGAUUAACAAGUAUAAAAAGGCUACCGAAUUCCUCAAGAUCAAACAAAUGUAUGAUCCAUUGGGGCUGUUCUCAAGUAAUUGGACGGAUCAAAUUCUUGGAUUGAGCAGCCGAUCAGUAGUGAUGAUGAAUGAUGAGGAGGGAUGUGCACUGGAAGGAUUAUGUGUUUGUUCUCAAGAUAUUCAUUGUGCCCCCAACAAGGGAUACUUUUGCCGACCAGGCAAAGUUUAUGAGGAGGCAAGAGUUUGUGCUAAGCUAAUUAAAAAGUCUAUGACUAGCUAGAUAUAUCAGAGGACAGAGAGAGUUCCAUCUUAAUUAUCAUCAUUAUUCCAUUCAAGUACAAAUUUCCAAUCAUCAGCAUCAUCAUAUAUAUAUAUAUAUACAUAUCCUUAUGUGUCUUUAAAUCCAAUCAAUGGGCAUUCAUCCAUUUCAAAACUUGAGCUUCAUAUACUAAUAUGUAAAUCCAUAUCCAUUGCACUU